AUGAAACAAUGUUGGAUGGAUACUAGCGAAUCUCUUUUUGCUGAUUUCAAAAACAAAGAUGCCAUCAUCAAACAGAUAUCUAAACUACAGCUUUCUGAUUCAACCCUCUGCCGACAUGUGGAAGACAUUUCUGAUAAUUUGUUUUUUAAACUGAUUGAAGAUCUCAAAAAAGCAAGCCAUUUCAGCCUGGCCUUGGAUGAGUCAACUGACGUGUUGGACACAGCGCAGCUUAUGAUUUGGGUUCGUUUUUUCAAUGGCAAAUGUUUCAAUGAGGAACUACUCGCACUUCUGCCGUUAACGGGUCAGACCAGAGGAGAGGACGUCUGUCUGACAGUCAUGAACUUUUUCCGAGGACCAGGGAAAGACACUGAUUUGGGAAAACUUGUGUCAGUUACUACUGACGGUGCACCCUCUAUGGUCGGAAGAGAGACGGGGCUCGUUGCAUUGCUGAGAAAAGAACUCGAGGUUCCCAACUUUUUAUCUUACCACUGUAUUAUUCACCAGGAACAGCUCUGCUGCAAGCUGAGGAGCGGUGAACUGAAAACUACAAUGGGUAAAGUAGUUAAAGUUGUUAACUUCAUCAGAAGUCAUGCUCUUAAACACCGCCAAUUCCGCACAUUGGUUGAGGAAUACGAGAUGUUAUAUCAAGACCUGUCAUUGCACGCAGAAGUCCGAUGGCUGAGCAGAGGCAUCGUGCUGGAGAAGUUUAUGGACUUGCUGCCAGUGAUUCGAGAGUUCAUUAGACAGAAGCAGCAGGCUGAUCUGUACUAUGUUAGUGAUGAUAAAUUUGCACUAGAAGUGGCAUUUCUAGCCGACAUAACCAAGCACUUAAAUACCCUAAAUUUGAAGCUCCAGGGUAAGGGCAAAGUGCUGCCUGUGUUAGUGAAUGAUGUUUCAGCCUUCAGAGAGAAGCUCACUCUUCAUCGACAGCAGCUUGGUGCCUCUGAUUUUACGCACUUCCCAUUCCUAAGCACACAAGUCAGUAAGCGACGCACCUCCUUUCGGCCAAAGAUAUGUGUCGCAUACUUUGAUGAGCUUGCCACCGAGUUUGGAAAUCGUUUCACUGACCUAAAAGUGAUCAUGCCAGUGAUUCGCAUGGUGGAGAACCCAUAUAGCACUGAU